AUGCAGAAGGUUGUCGUUUCAACGCUUCCAACUAAAUUCAAAACAGUCGAAAAUGUGUUUAUCCAGCUGAGGGAUGCCACGAGGCUUUCGUGCCGGUUGUGGCUUCCAGCGGAUGAGGUGCCCCAACCGGCCAUAUUGGAGUAUAUCCCGUACCGCAAACGUGACGGUACACGUGCGCGGGACGAGCCCAUGCACGGCUACUUUGCGGGCCAUGGCUACGCAGUUUGUCGUGUGGACAUACGUGGCAGCGGUGAAUCGGAUGGGCUUAUGCACGACGAGUACCUGCAGCAGGAGCAAGACGAUGCGGUGGAGGUCAUUGACUGGAUCAGUAGACAGCCCUGGUGCAAUGGCAGUGUUGGUAUGAUGGGGAAGUCUUGGGGCGGCUUCAAUUCUCUCCAGGUCGCAGCGCGCAGUCCAGUGGCUUUAAAAGCCAUCAUUGUCGUCGGCUUCACCGAUAACCGCUUCACCGAUGACAUUCAUUGGCAGGGUGGUUGCCUCCUCAACGACAACUUCUGGUGGGGCUCCAUUAUGCUGGCAUAUCAGUCACGUCCUGUCGAUCCAGAAAUUGUUGGGGACCGUUGGAAGGAAAUGUGGCUGAAGCGCUUGGAGCACAUGCCCAUCAAUAUUGCGGACUGGGCGGAGCAUCAAAAGUACGACGACUACUGGAAGCACGGCUCGGUCUGCGAAAACUACGAUGCCAUUCAGGUGCCUGUAUUGGCUGCGGGUGGCUGGGCGGACGCCUACACAAAUGCCGUCUUUAACCUGCUAUCAAAACUGAAGGUUCCCCGCAAGGGAUAUGUGGGGCCCUGGGCACACGUUUACCCGCAGGAUGGCACCCCACAGCCGGCAAUUGGAUUUUUGCAGGAGGCUGUGAAGUGGUGGGACCGUUGGCUAAAAGGGAAGGAGAAUAACGUGAUGGAUGGCCCAAUGAUCCAGGCUUGGAUGGAGUAUUACAUGGAACCGAAUGCUCAUCGCCCAGUCAGCGAGGGCCACUGGGUUGGGGUAGAGGCAUGGCCCUCCAAAGAUGUUACCAACGCGACGAUGCGACUUGAAUACGGUCGCCUUGUGGACGCGGCUCACGUCGCGCGACCGGAAUCGUCCCCCGCUUUGCUCAAAACUCCGUUGAACCAUGGCCUGCUUGCCGGCGAGUGGAUGGGUGCUGGGGUUUCGGGUGAAACUCCCGCGGACCAGCGCAUGGAUGACGGCAUGUCGAUGGUCUUUCAGGGCACGGAGCUGCAGGAGGAGGUGGAUAUUUUGGGGCGCCCCACCUUCGAGGUGGAGCUAACAUGUGACAAGCCAAAGGCGAUGCUGUUUGCGCAGCUCAGCGAUGUCGCGCCGGACGGUGCUGUGAGCCGCGUUUCCUUUGGCGUGAGAAACCUGACGCAGGCUGCGGGUGAUGAGCAAAUUGAAUACCUUCGGGAGGGGAAGCGGGUUCGUGUCAAAGUCCUGCUGAACUACUGCGCCCAUCGCUUCAGCAGAGGUCAUCGCGUGCGGCUUUCGCUGGCGAACAGCCACUGGCCAACGUUCUGGGUGUCGCCUGAGAUCAACACCUUGGCGUUGGACCUCAGCACCGCCGCGUUGGUACUCCCCACGUACCGGGGGCCGGCUAUCGCUGGUCCGAACCCGCAGCCGGAGACGGCCUCUCCCACCCCCCUCACGGUCCUGCGCGGGGGGUUUGUGGAUCGCUCCAUCGCGUACGACAUCGUCAAGGACGAGUGGACGUGCAUCACAGAUGGUGUGGGCGGCGUCUUCGGCGAGGGUGUCUACCGCUUUGACGGGAUUAACACCACCGUGGAGCACAAUCUGAGGCGAGAGCUGCGACUCUCCAACAAGGACCCGCUCUCCGCAAAGUACAACAUCACGCAGAAGAUGAAAAUGGGGCGGCCCGGAUGGGAGGCGGACAUUGACAUUGAUACCUGCCAGACCUGCGACGCGGACUACCUCUACAUCACCGCGGAGAUAAAGGCAAAAAUGAAUGCAGAGCUCGUCUUUGACAAGAAGUGGUCUCGGCGGGUGUACCGCGAGGGUAUGUGA